AUGGCGUCCGAAGUGCCCAAGCUCCUGUGGAACUCGGAAAACAUUAAAGACGUGGCCGAGUCGGUCGGCAUCGGCGCGCUCAACGAGGAGGCGACCAAGGCGCUCGCGCAGGACGUCGAGUACCGCGUCGGCCAGGUCAUCAUUGAGAGUCUGCGGCUGAUGCGCGCGGCGCGGCGCACCACCCUCACCGUCAAUGACGUCUCCCUCGCCCUGCGCGUGCUCGACGCCGAGCCGCUCUACGGGUACGACUCGACGCGCCCGCUGCGCUUCGGCGAGGCCAGCAUGGGGCCCGGCCAGCCGCUCUUCUACAUUGACGACGAGGAGGUCGAGUUUGAGAAGCUUAUCAACGCGCCCCUGCCCAAGGUGCCGCGAGACAUGAACUUUACUGCGAGGCUAACCGCAGAGGGGACAGCACACUGGCUCGCUAUCGAAGGCGUCCAGCCCUCGAUCCCCCAGAACCCCACCACGGCCGAGUCGAGAUUGCAAGACCUGCUGCCCAAGGGCACCGGCGCCAACCCCGCCCUCUCCGCGCUGGCCGGCAACGACAACGCGCCCACGAACCCCUCCGUCAAGCACAUUGUGAGCAAGGAGCUCAUCCUGUACUUUGACAAGAUCCAGGCCGCCAUCCUCGACGAGAACCCCGACCAGGAAGUCGUCCGCCUGCGCCAGGCGGCCCUCGGCUCCGUCCGUGACGACCCGGGCCUGCACCAGCUGGCGCCGUACUUUAUCAACUUCAUCAUGGACCGCGUCACGCACCAGCUCGACGACACCUUUACGCUCAAGCAGAUGAUGGAGCUGACAAACGCCCUGAUUGAGAACAAGACGCUGUUUCUGGAUCCGUACGCGUCCUCGCUCUCGGCCCCGGUGCUGACGUGCCUGAUGGCGCGGAAGCUGGGCACCGACGACGGCGUCGACGCCAUGAAGGACCAGUACGAGCUGCGACAGCUCGCCGCCUCCCUCAUCGGCCGCAUGGCGCACAAGUACGCGGCCUCCAACUCGCUGCUCCGACCGAAGCUCACGCGCACGUGCUUGCGCUACUUCCUGGACCCGACGAAGCCACCGGCCGUGCUGUACGGCGCCGUCAACGGUAUUCUCCAGGCGGGCGGGCCGGAGGCUGUCCGCCUCCUGGUCCUGCGCAACCUCAAGAGCUUUGACUCGGGCAUUCUGCAGCCUCUGAAGGAGAAGUCGGAAGGGUCCAUUGAGUACGAAAUGCUCGUCCAAGGCCUGGUGCAGGCUGUGGCCUCUCUGGUCACGCACGCCGACGCCCUCAUCCUCAACGACACCGCAUCCGUGACGCCUGCGCAGCUCAAUGAGCUAAAUGAGUUUAUUGGGCCUAUUGUCGGCAGCAGGAUUGCGUCGUCGAAUAAUACCAGACUCAUCAGGACUAUCCUCGAGGCACGGUCCUUUGAGUAG